AUGGCGACGUUACCGCCACAGAAAAAUCAAACUCCGACGAAAAUGUCAGAACAACACUCGACCAUGGUGCAAACGCUGUUGAAGAGGGGUUUUUUUAAACGCCGAGUAGAGAAAGCAUUGGUUGCUACAGGACAUCGUGGUAUUCAAUUGGCAGUGGAUUGGAUGGUGGCUCAUCUUAGAGACCCAACUGUGGAAACUGAUAGCCAAAGAGAAUAUGUUUUAUACGCUUGUCCAACAGGUGCAUUGGCUGAACAGCUUCUGAGAUUCUGGUCAGAAACCAAGGAGCUAACUUGGAAUGGAGCACAUAAUUACAUGCCACAUAUUACGCUUGUGCCAUUCUUUAAAGCGCCAGAUGGGUCAAUCGGAGAGUUGAUAGAUGCCCUUGAAAAUAUAGUUAAUCAAGACAAAUUACGCAAUCACAUUGAAUUAGAAACUUAUGUCUCCCCUAAUUUUAUGGGACUCUUUGUGAAAGAAACAAAUACUGAUUGGUUGGAGAAUGUUGCUCUUCGAUAUGUAAAUAAACUUGCGGGCUUAGGUAUUUCUGCAGAGCCCCAAUUAAAUUCAUUUCAUCUAACAUUACUUUAUCAGUUCCCUAGUAAACUGUAUCAACAACUUCGCUUAAUGGCAGAGAAACUGACACCUACUGCCUCAGCCAAUUGGGAGCUUAGAUUGUAUUCCAGAGACUCUAGGAUACAGAAUGUGUAUAAGGUGACACAAGCUUACAUGUCCAGAGAAUAUGAUGAAUUAGAUUUGAUGGAAGGAGACUACAUUUCUAUUCCAGAAGGAAUAUGUAGUUCAUCUUCGAAUGAUUACGUUCAAGGUACCUCUUGGUUAACUGGUACUUCAGGUCGGCUACCUUUGAGUCAUAUAAAAAGAACAGCUGAAUCAGAUUCAUGGACUUUGCACGCAACAAUACCGCUUACUGGUAAUAAAAAUGAUGUUAUAGAAAAAGAAGAAGUACCUCUAACACGAAAACCACCACUAUUGUUAACGAAUGAUUCUACAGAUAGUCCUGAUGGAAUACCAAGAACUAACGAACCAGUAAAUUUACAUUAUUUUUUAUUUUGUCAACUGUAAUGAUUACACUUUUAACAUUUUCCUUUUGGAGCAUGGAUUCCUUACUGUUUCGAAUCAAAUGGCUCAUACGUUCGAAGAGAUUUAAACAUGCCAAAGGAAAUUCCAUCAAGAAAUAUACAGGAUUUCCAAAAUGACAGUCCUUUAACAACUGUGGGUGAAAUGCAGGCAAGCUUGGUAGGAGAAGCCAUGAAAUCUUCUAAUAUUAAAAUAGAUAUAGCUUUUACUUCGCCAUCAUUAAGAUGUAUACAGACACUGGCUCAUAUUUUAAAAGGAUUGGAUUCAAAUAUUCCGAUGAAGGUAGAGCCAGGUUUGAUAGAAUGGUUGGCAUGGUACCCAAAUGGUGUACCAGUUUGGAUGACAUCCGAUGAAUUAAUAAAAGCAGGUUUUAACAUAGACAAAAGUUACAAUCCAGUUAUUAAAGCAAAGGAGCUUCCAUUGAAAGAGAAUGCAGCACAGUAUUACGAACGCAGUUAUGAAUUAAUCAAACAAAUUAUUGAAAGUACAACAGUAGGAAAUAUUUUAAUAGUAGCUCAUGCUGCUUCAUUAACAGCUUGUACGAGACAAUUAACAGGCGGUGAAGUACCACCAGCUGCUGAAGUUACUAGAUUAGUACAAAGAGUACCAUAUUUAGCAUGCUUAGCAGCUCGAGAAGGGUUAGAUGGAUGGCAGCUUCAUCCACCUCCAUUUCCGCCUAUCACACAUACCAGUAAUACUAGAUUCGACUGGAAAGUAUUAUUAUGAAC